ACAAAGCGCCAUGGCUUCGAAAAAAAAGUAAGAAAUGCCAUGAGCUGUCCAGCCGCCAUGUCUCGCGUGUGUGGAGGCGUUGUUUAUGUGUGCAUUUUGGCCUACAAGUCGUGUGACGUAGUCGUGGCGGGAUAACUCGACCUCCAUCUAGCGUGUUUUGCAUCUAUCCGACUAUUCUGUGACUGCACAGCCAUCGAGGACAGUCUUGCUAACUGCGCUGCAUUGACGACCAUGAACCAUGCAUAGCGUGACGGCAUCAACAAGCGGCAGCCCUGACAUAUUUCCCAGCCCGGAUUAAUUCACAAGGUUCUUUCGUUUCAAUCACGAGCAUUAUUUCAACAUACUGUCAAGCUGCCUAAGCAAAGGGGAAGAAGCUCAGAUUCUAUCCAAGAUCCACUGUCCCGACCACCCGCACGCCACCCUGGUGGAGGACUACAGAGCUGGGGACAUGAUCUGUCCCGAGUGUGGCCUCGUAGUCGGUAAGUGGAUUUGAAGCCACCGCAGUUUGUCUUUUCCAAUCUCCAUAAAAUAAAAGCUGUAACCAAUCAUUCUAUUCUUUUCAAUUGGCAUCAGUGAAGCGGCUUCAUGGUACACGGCUGUUUCUAUGGCACGAGCCAGACGCCGAGCCAGAGAGGAGCCGUGAUAGUGCCAUCAGGUUCUUAACCUGUUACGUGCUCUUACUCUCAUGACCUAAAUUUCGUCAACUGACAGGAGCAGACUUGUGCUGCGACUGACGGGACGAUAACAUCAGCUUAUCUUGCCCAUGGUGACAUCACAGCUCACCAAUCUCUCAGAGGAAGAUGAACAAUACGAUAGUGAGCUAAAAUAAAUACGAUACGGAAGAGUCUCUGUACUUUUGGCAGCAGAGUGAGCGAAGGCUGGUCGGUUGAGCUGGUCAUUCCGUGACCGCCACCCACUACUGGACAUCAGAAAGCCCAGAGUGUUGUUACCAAGCAGUAACUAUGAAGACCUGUUGGACUCUGGCUCACCGUUUCCCCUCAGGCGAUCGCAUCAUUGACGUUGGGUCAGAGUGGAGGACUGUGUCCAACGAGAAAGCCCUCAAGGCUCUGAAGGAUCCCUCCAGGGUCGGAGACGCUCCCAACCCUUUGCUGAAUGGAGAAGACCUGACAACCACAAUCAGCAAGGGAACUGGGGUAGGCAGUUUUGAUGAGUUCGGCAUCUCAAAAUACCAGAAGCGCAUGACAAUGAGCAGCUCUGAUCACACGAUGCUGAGCACCUUCAAAGAAAUCAGCACAAUGGCGGAUCGCAUCAACCUGCCAAAGAGUAUCGUGAACCAAACAAACUACUUAUUCAAGCAGGUUUAUGAACAAAAAAGUCUGAAGGGUCGAGCCAACAAUGCCAUCGCUUCAGCCUGCCUCUGCAUCGCCUGCAGACAAGAAGGUGUUCCAAGAACUUUUAAAGAGAUCAGUGCUGUCUCAGGGAUCUCCAAGAAAGAGAUCGGCCGGUGUUUCAAACUCAUUCUCAAAGCCCUGGAGACCAGCGUGUACCUCAUUGGAUCGGGGGACUUCAUGUCCCGCUUCUGCUCCAACCUGGGCCUGCCCAAGCAAGUGCAGAUGGGCGCGACCUUCAUCGCCAGGAGGGCCAUGGAUCUAGACCUGGUGCCUGGAAGAAGUCCCAUCUCCGUGGCUGCCGCCGCCAUCUACAUGGCCUCUCAGGCCUCGUCUGAGAAGAAGACACAGAAAGAUAUCGGAGACAUCGCUGGGGUUGCUGACGUCACGAUCCGGCAGUCAUACCGACUCAUCUAUCCUCGAGCUGUGGAGCUUUUCCCCCCAGACUUCAAGUUCGACACCCCAGUUAACCAACUACCAGAAUUAUAGUCAUUAAACUGAACUGUU